AUGAGCCGCGUUUUGUACCUCCUACCACAUAGCCGCAGCGCGUCGGUUCCGAUCAAGCAAGUGAUCGGGCUAAGCAUGAUGAAGUUGCGCGCAGCCAUAAAUGCGCGCAGUGAACUGUUUAUCCGUGUCGAUAUGGAUGCCGUGAAGCUACUGGCUAGGCGGCAAUUAGAUGCUUACCUUUCGAGUCAUGUAGCUUCAGCGGCGUGUACAAGCAUGAAUGGCAGGUGUGUUGAUCAUGCUGAGCCGCGGUGUUCUUUGGCCGAGGCCGAAUGCCAAGGGACGCUUCAUUCGCGCCUCUUGUCUUGGCUUGCCACCACUUAG